AUGGAAACACAAAGACAUACCAACAAAUGGUGGGAACACAAAGACACGAACAAACAUUGGGAACACAAAGACACACGAACAAAUGGUGGGAACACAAAGACACACGAACAAACAGUGGGAACACAAAGACAUACGAACAAACAGUGGGAACACAACGACACGAAAAAAUGGUGGGAACACAAAGACACCAACAAACAAUGGGAACACAAAGACACACGAACAAAUGGUGGGAACACAAAGACACACGAACAAACAGUGGGAACACAAAGACAUACGAACAAACAGUGGGAACACAAAGUCAUACGAACAAAUGGUGGGAACACAAAGACACACGAACAAACAGUGGGAACACAAAGUCAUACAAACAAACAAUGGGGACACAAAGACACGAACAAAUGGUGGGAACACAAAGUCAUACGAACAAACAAUGGGGACACAAAGACACACGAACAACAGUGGGAACACAAAGUCAUACGAACAAAUGGUGGGAACACAACGUCAUACGAACAAAUGGUGGGAACACAAAGACACGAACAAAUGGUGGGAACACAAAGUCAUACAAACAAACAAUGGGGACACAAAGACACACGAACAAACAGUGGGAACACAAAGUCAUACGAACAAACAAUGGGGACACAAAGACACACGAACAAACAGUGGGAACACAAAGUCAUACGAACAAAUGGUGGGAACACAACGUCAUACGAACAAACAAUGGGGACACAAAGACACACGAACAAACAGUGGGAACACAAAGACACACGAACAAAUGGUGGGAACACAAAGUCAUACGAACAAACAAUGGGGACACAAAGACACACGAACAAACAGUGGGAACACAAAGUCAUACGAACAAACAAUGGGGACACAAAGACACACGAACAAACAGUGGGAACACAAAGUCAUACGAACAAAUGGUGGGAACACAAAGUCAUACGAACAAACAAUGGGGACACAAAGACACACGAACAAACAGUGGGAACACAAAGACACACGAACAAAUGGCGUGAACACAAAGACACACGAACAAACAGUGGGAACACAAAGACACACGAACAAAUGGUGGGAACACAAAGACACACGAACAAAUGGUGGGAACACAACGACACACGAACAAAUGGUGGGAACACAAAGACACGAACAAAUGGUGGGAACACAAAGACACACCAACAAAUGGUGGGAACACAAAGACACACCAACAAAUGGUGGGAACACAAAGAAACACCAACAAAUGGUGGGAACACAAAGACACACGAACAAACAGUGGGAACACAAAGACACACGAACAAAUGGUGGGAACACAAAGACACACGAACAAAUGGUGGGAACACAAAGACACACGAACAAACAGUGGGAACACAAAGACACACGAACAAAUGGUGGGAACACAAAGACACACCAACAAAUGGUGGGAACACAAAGACACACCAACAAAUGGUGGGAACACAAAGAAACACCAACAAAUGGUGGGAACACAAAGACACACGAACAAACAGUGGGAACACAAAGACACACGAACAAAUGGUGGGAACACAAAGACACACGAACAAACAGUGGGAACACAAAGACACACGAACAAACAGUGGGAACACAAAGACACACGAACAAACAAUGGGGACACAAAGACACACGAACAAACAGUGGGAACACAAAGACACACGAACAAAUGGUGGGAACACAAAGUCAUACGAACAAACAAUGGGGACACAAAGACACACGAACAAACAGUGGGAACACAAAGUCAUACGAACAAACAAUGGGGACACAAAGACACACGAACAAACAGUGGGAACACAAAGUCAUACGAACAAAUGGUGGGAACACAAAGUCAUACGAACAAACAAUGGGGACACAAAGACACACGAACAAACAGUGGGAACACAAAGACACACGAACAAAUGGCGGGAACACAGACACACGAACAAACAGUGGGAACACAAAGACACACGAACAAAUGGUGGGAACACAAAGACACGCGAACAAAUGGUGGGAACACAACGACACACGAACAAAUGGUGGGAACACAAAGACACGAACAAAUGGUGGGAACACAAAGACACACUAACAAAUGGUGGGAACACAAAGACACACCAACAAAUGGUGGGAACACAAAGAAACACCAACAAAUGGUGGGAACACAAAGACACACGAACAAACAGUGGGAACACAAAGACACACGAACAAAUGGUGGGAACACGAAGACACACGAACAAACAGUGGGAACACAAAGAAACACCAACAAAUGGUGGGAACACAAAGACACGAACAAAUGGUGGGAACACAAAGACACACUAA